CAGCUAUGCCAGUUGUCCAAAUACGAUUUACCCUUUCCUACCCUGACCUUGACCUUUACACAUCCCAAGCGAAGCGAGAGAUUUUUCUUUUUACUUGUUUUCUCUCACAUCGAUCUCACCACCUUGAUCUGGAACGAAGAUCCCCAACGAUCUCUUUGAAGAAAUCUCGGAGUAGCAGGUCGAAUUGGUCUCAAUCUGUUCAAGAUAUGUUGUGAAUUAGCCAGUUCGAAUCUGGAUUUGGAUUAGCUUCUUGGAUUUGUGAUUGAAGGAAGGAAGUUGUGAAAUAAAGCUUUGAGAAUCAUGAUUCGUGAUUCGUGAUCUUCGCCUGAGGUAAUUUUGGGAGAUGAUGAUGAUGAGUAGUCCCAUCAGUUGAACGGAGAGCAACUGUAACUGUGUACGGCACUGGUUUGGGUUGCUAUUUCUAUGUCUCGACGCGUUAUAAUUCGCAAAAACUUAGUCCACACAAGUGCGAGAGGACGUCGUUGUGCCACGUACGUCACCUGGAGUAAAGCGGGAAGCAGUGGGGAGAAGAUAACGAAGGUGACUAGCCGACUCGAAAUUCUGGCAUUUCCCUUCCAAGAGUUUUGUGUGUGUCUCACGGAUGGAAAAGAAGAAAAAUAAAAAAAAAGUUCAGAUUUUGUGAAUUGUGAUGUGAGGUUGAGAAAGCUCUAUCUGGAAAACCCGAAUGCAAUCGAAGUUUGGAUUGUGUGGUUCUGUUCUCAUGUUGGAAAAGCUGUGAGCGAGUUGCAGCAGAUCCCCUCACAUGGAGAUGAUUGUCUUUGAGUUCAGGAACCGAGCUGAGUGCUCUGGUGUGGUUUUCUUCUACCUGGAGUGAUUCAAGGUUGGAGUGUGGGGUUUUUCGGUUCAAAAUGAUUAUAGAAGUGAGAAUUUGCGUUAGUAGUUGGAGCAUUUCUCGGUUCAUUAAUGGCGUUUCCUCAGGCCUUGGUGCUGCCGUAGGUGGAUAAUGAUGGAGGGUUCAUCGGAGUCUCCUUGGCAGAAGUCUGAGAGUUCUAGGGAAUUGAAUGCUUGUGUGGUAUCCAGCGAGAGCCUUGGGUUGGUUCACGCCAACCCUGUUGGCGUCUCAGGUGAUGCCUCGAAUAAUGCCAGUUCUGUGAGGUGCACGCCGUGGGAUAAAGGGAUAGAUCGGGGUUUUCUUCCCCACUCUGAUCACCUCGACAACCAGGUCGGCUCUUCUGGGGUCUGUGGGGAUGCGGAGGGUGUGGGAGAUGUUGCUCAUGCAGUAGAACGGGAUGAUAUUAGCUUGAGGCAGUGGUUGGAUAAACCGGACCGAUCUGUUGACCUCUCGGAGUGCUUGCACAUGCUCAGGCAGAUUGUGGAAACUGUGAACCUGGCACAUGCACAAGGCGUUGUUGUUCAUAAUGUGCGGCCAUCUUGCUUCGUCAUGUCCUCGUUUAACAGCGUUUCCUUCAUUGAGUCUGCUUCAUGUUCGAGCUCAGGUUCUGAUUCUUAUGGUGAUGCCGUAAACAAUCAAACAGUAGGGGGACAGAGCUGCUCCUCACCAUCAGCCCAGGACUUGCCUUGUGGGAGAAGUGGGGUUGGUGUUGAAGAUUCCCUGCUUGAGAUCUCUCGUGCUGGUGCUUCCUAUAGAGCAUCGGAGACUAGUUGUUUGCAGUCUGGUUCUGCAAAUCUUACACGUCUAUCAUCAAUUGAAGAGAGAGAGGAAAAUAAAAUAGAGGGUAGCAGGAAAGUCGAAGAUGCUGAAGAAAAUAAGAAAACAUUCCCACUAAAGCAGAUAUUACUCAUGGAGGCCAACUGGUACACUAGUCCAGAAGAGGUCGCUGGAGCUUCAAGUUCUUUUUCUUCAGACAUUUAUCGAUUGGGGGUUCUCCUUUUUGAGUUGUUCUGUCCGUUUAGCUCCAUGGAAGAAAAGCUCAGAACAAUGUCCAAUCUCAGACAUCGUGUCCUGCCUCCUCAGUUGCUGUUGAAGUGGCCAAAAGAAGCUUCAUUUUGUCUUUGGUUACUGCAUCCUCAGCCAAGUACUAGACCAAAAAUGAGUGAUGUGUUACAAAGUGACUUCCUCAAUGAGCCAAGGAAUAAUUUGGAAGAACGUCAGGCAGCUAUAAGUCUCAGAGAGGAAAUAGAAGAGGAGGAGCUGCUGUUGGAAUUCCUGUUGCAGAUGCAACAAAGGAAACAAGAAGCUUCUGAUAAAUUGCACCAUACUAUUGAUUGUCUAUCUUCUGACAUUGAAGAAGUUCUGAAACAGCAAAGCAUCCUAAAGAAAAAGGGGGACUUCUACCUGGAACCGAACCUGGAUGAUAAUUCAGCAUUGGAAAAGGUGGAUCAUCGAUCAUUAAAUCUUGCAAGAGAUGAGGGAUCUGCUGGCUUGGGGUCCAGGAAACGUUUCAGGCUAGGACUUCGGGUUUCUGAUGAAGAGGAACUUAAUGAGAACCAAGGUGAGGUUCAGAAGCCAGAAAACCUUGAAAGUAUUCUGUCCAAAAGUUCUCGAUUGAUGAAGAACUUUAAAAAACUGGAGGCUGCUUAUUUUUCAACAAGAUGCAGGCUUAUGAAACCAACUAUGAAACCACCUACUAGAUGCUUACCAAUCAGCAGUAGUGGCAGGGGUUCAAUUGUGGUAACUGAAGGAAGUUCUGUUGAUAAUGUGGCCUUUAAGGAGGGUUUUGGUGAAGGUAACAAAAGUGGAUGGAUAAAUCCAUUCCUUGAUGGUUUGUGCAAGUAUCUAUCGUUCAGCAAAUUAAAAGUGAGGGCAGAACUGAAGCAAGGGGAUCUGCUAAAUUCUUCCAACCUUGUGUGCUCUUUGAGUUUUGAUCGUGAUGGGGAAUUUUUUGCUACAGCUGGUGUAAAUAGGAAAAUAAAAAUUUUUGAAUGUGACAUGAUUCUAAAUGAAGACCGUGACAUUCACUAUCCCGUUAUUGAGAUGGCUAGCAGAUCAAAACUUAGCAGUAUAUGUUGGAAUAGUUAUAUCAAAAGCCAGAUUGCUUCAAGUGACUUUGAAGGAAUCGUGCAGGUUUGGGAUGCUACAAGAGGGCAAGUAUUUAUGGAAAUGAGGGAGCAUGAGAAACGUGUAUGGUCUGUAGACUUUUCUUUAGCAGAUCCAACAAAGUUGGCUAGUGGAAGUGAUGAUGGUGCCGUUAAACUAUGGAAUAUCAAUCAGAGAGGUAGUGUCAGCACUAUUAAAGCAAAGGCCAAUGUCUGCUGUGUUCAGUUUCCUCCUGAUUCUGCACGUUUGCUUGCCAUAGGUUCAGCGGAUCAUAAUAUCUAUUGCUAUGACCUUCGUAGCAUAAGAAUACCUCUCUACACAUUAUUUGGUCACAGUAAGACUGUGAGCUAUGUGAAAUUUGUAGAUUCGACAACUCUUGUUUCUGCAUCAACGGAUAACACACUCAAGCUUUGGGAUUUAUCAACAAUCACGUCUCGGGUGCUCGAAAGUCCUCUCCAAACCUUCACUGGGCACACGAAUGUAAAGAAUUUUGUGGGCCUUUCUAUAUCUGAUGGAUACAUUGCUACAGGCUCAGAAACAAAUGAGGUUUUCAUCUACCACAAAGCUUUCCCCAUGCCAGUUUUGUCGUACAAAUUUGGCAGUAAGGACCCAUUUUCUGGCCACGAAGUUGAUGAUGCCAAUCAAUUCAUAUCCUCCGUGUGUUGGCGUGGUCAGACCUCCACACUUGUUGCAGCUAAUUCUACUGGGAAUAUCAAACUAUUAGAGAUGGUCUGAUUAUGUUAUAUAUGGGAGAUCAUUCAAAACAUCCCGUCGAAGAAGGGGCUGGGGGAACAGAGACAUAGGAUUGGGAAUGUCGAUGAGUUUCUAGAAAUUGAAGUGUAAAGAAGAACAAACAUUGAACCUGAAGAGUUUGUCAAAAUUUUGGCCAGCAAUCUAAGUGUGAUGGAAAGACCCAAUGAUGCCAUUUUGUUUAUCAAAAUUUUGGCAUUUGAUCUCACUGUAAGCGGUUUAUGGCAGUUGAAAGGAAGAAAAAAAAAAGGGGGGGGGGGGGGGGGGGGGUUUGGUGUUUGCUGAAUUUUAUCUGGAGUGUUGUGGAAGAAGAGGAUACAAUACAGAGAAUUGAAAGAGGAAGUCAUAUACUGUAUAUCAACUAUUGCUUGUAUAAACAUCAUAGUUUAUAAUUUUAGGUGAUUUUGUAUAAAGUAUUGUGAUUCAUUUAUCUCUAAA